AUGACGCCCGUCAGCAGCCUGGGCUUGCCAGUGGGCUCCGCCGCCAAACCGUGGCCUAAGUGCGGCACGCUUCUCAAUGUAUACGCCCCCGGGCUCGCCAACAAACCACUUAAGUCCUUCUUGGGCCGGCCCCACAGCAGGAGGUCUUGGACGUCGCGGGGAUUGUGGUUUACCAGCUCCACGAAGGUCGCCGAGACUAUUGCCGAGCUGGCACGAGUCGACUACGCCUCGCCCGCGGCUGCGAUCGGCAAGAAGGAGGACGCCGGCCUUCCGUUGGCCUUACAGCUCAGCGAUAUUCUCGUCGACGAGUUCGCAAAUGAUCCUGACGAUACACGCCGCGGCUACCAUGGCCAUCGGCAAGAUAGAGGACGCCGGCCCUGCGUUGGCCUUGCAGCUCAGCGAUAUUCUCGUCGACGAAUUCGCCACAGCGACGGAAUCACCGCGUCCAAGCCACAAGAGAGAGCUACCGAGCGCGAGCCGGGCCGAUCCUCGACGCGGCCGGCCGGUAGCAUCGGCGCCGCCCGCCGUGGGUGUGCACCACCACCACCAUCCAGGACAAUUAUGCCCGCCUGGCUCUCGGGCUGCAUCCGUACCGGCGACUCGGAGUCGCAGCGGGCCCGGGCCGCCGCCGCCAUCCCACCAGUGGGGGGGGCGGUCCCAGUCGCCGUCGACGAGCGCAGCGCUACCUCUGCCGCCGCCGCCGACGUGUGUCCAGGCCACGCCUAG